UACAGAAAGAGAGAAUUAGAGAGUAGAGACUGGGAUCUUGCUUCACACCAAACCUAUGUGUAUCAACUUUGCUGAAUUGUGAUGGUAUAAAAGUUGGUGUUUUCUUUUUCUCUUGUCAACAGUACUAGAGUACAGUUCAUCUUCUUCUCCAAAACCAGUCAUCAAUGGCUGCUGCUUCAUCUGUCAAUACAUUCCCCUGUAAGACCCUCUCACUGACACAGUCACAGCGCCUACUCGGUUUCAACAAGAACUCGUUCUCUCCGGUUAAUUCGAUCGGUGUUACUUCCAGGAAGCCGAUUACGAGGUCGACAUUCUCCAUCGCCAUCGGAGAACAUAAUCGAGUGAGGCCCAUUCUCAGGAUCCGAGCGGUAGGCGACGCCGUCAAAAGGGCGGAGGAUGAACCGAUCGGUGAGGGCGUGAUCAGCAUGGCAGCUGCGGCGGUCGAUAGGCCUGAGAAGCCCAGCGACAUUGAUAUGCUCAAGAAACUUUUGUUUGAUUCCUUCAUCGGAACGGAUCGAGGACUGAGGGCGUCCAGUGAGGCCAGAGCGGAAAUCGACGAGGUCAUUAGCCAGCUCGAGGCCUUGAACCCAACGCCGGCUCCCACCGAGGCUUUCACUCUUCUCAACGGCAAAUGGAUUGUUGCGUACACAUCCUUGGCAGGUUGGUGUACGAGGGGGAAGCUGCCAAUGGUGAAGGUGGAGGAGAUAUCUCAGACCAUCGAUUCAUCAAGCUUCACUCUCAACAAUGAGGUCCAGUUCAUUUGUCCCUUGUCCACCACUUCCUUCAGAACUAAUGCCAAAUUUGAGGUUCGAAGCCCCAAGCGCAUCCAGGUCUGGUUCGAAGAAAACAUCACCAUCACUAGCCAGACUACGGAACCUGUAGGACAAACGCUCAGACUGCGUCUUUGCCCUAUCAUCUCUCCCCAAUUAACCGACGCCGUGGAGAUACCAGAGACAGUGGAAUUUGUAAGACAAAAGCUCGGUUUCUGCCUCUGCCCCUUGAACGCCACGAUAAGAUCGGUGAAGAACACUGCAUCGUCAGUGGUGAGAAUCAUCUCCAGCCAACUAUUACUGAAGGUGCUAUCUUCCAACACCAAUUCACAGUCGUCGUGGCUGCUAACCACGUACCUUGACAAUGAACUUCGUAUUGCAAGGGGAGAUGGUGGCAAUGUGUUUGUACUCAUCAAGGAAGGCAGCUCCCUACUCGCAUACUAAUUCCUAUUACCUACCUAAACAAACAACUUCCAUCUCUUCUAUUUUCUGUUUCUCUUUUUUAUGAUUUUUGGUUUUUGUAUUUCUACUUUUUCCCUUCCCUUGAAGGUUCCUCCCUCUUCUUUUCUGCACAAAUAUAAAUUUGUAUUCAAUAACAGACACAAGAAUCUUAUGGAUAUGGUUUAUAAAUUUCUAUUUAAUUCCAA